AUGCCAGCACUACCUACCACGCCAAAGCCAACCAAUCCAGAUGCGGGCGACUCGUCCUGGCUACUCGACGAGCACCUUUCGCCAGCGCUCGUACAAAGCUCGUUGCGCGACCUCAACAUCUCUGAUUCUCCGCUCAACGGCCCUCUUCGAACGACGGCAUCCAUCAACUCAGCAGCAACCUCGGGCGUCAAGAAGCCCAUGAAAUCUCGCCCCUCGUGGGGCUCGGCCGCGGUGCUCGACGCCAACAACUCCGCCAAAGCCAUGUCCAAGAUGCGUCUCUUGGCUGGUCUCGAUAUCAACGACGAAAACAAGCCGCCAGUUUCCAAGAGGCCACCCACGUCAUCUACAGGGGGCGCUCGUCCACGCUUCUCUCUGUUUGCCAAGUCAGGCGGGCCCACCCACCUGAUACCCAAAAAAGCCCACAACCAGUCGGAACCCGACGAGGAGGACGACGAUGUCACCAUCGCAGGCUUGCCAGACGCCUCCGGACUCGCUUCGUCGUCGUCCAUAUUUGACUCUUCCGCAGUGGAUGUCGAUGACGAGUACAUUCGCGAAGCGCUCCUCGGCAAACGAGCCUCGGCGCGCCAGUCCACCGGCGGUCCCACACCCACAGAGAGCAAAGAGUCGCAGGAACAAGCUGCCCGUCAGCUCGCGGAGCUUCGCCGCAUGAACGACGUCUUUGAAGGUUUCGAGAAAAUGCUCCGCGGCAGCGCCGGCCAGAUCAACGCCUUUGCUCGACGCGUCCAGGAGACCGACGACCUUCUCAACAUUUACAUUGGCCUGCUCCGACAGACCGAAAAGACACAGCAGCUUCUUCAGGAUCAGGACUGGAAGGGGUCCACCGACGAUGCUACCGCACACGAAGAGUCCCUGGCGCACGCAGAGCGAGAGACCCAACGACUGCAGGCCGAAGCUUUGGCCAGGGAGCUAGAGGCUGAGCGCGCUGCAGAACAAGCCGCCUUGCAGGCGAAAGAGGAGGAACGGCGGCGCCAGGAAGACGCACGACGUACAACUGCAGGAGGUGCAAGAGGCCGCGGACGGGCUGUCUCGGGAUCCACCAGAGGUGCAGCAAGAGGCGGCGCUGCUCGCGGCGCAUCCACCGCCGCUGCUCGUGGCCGCGUCGUCAGCUCGCGCACUGCAGCUGCAACCACCGACAGCUCUGCUCCUUCCACUCGAUCCGCCUCCGCCUCGGCUAGGGGUGCACCUGCUUCCGCCCGAUCCGCGUCAGCCACCGCACGCGGCACAGCUCGACCCUCUGGCAUCCCCACCCGCGCCGCCUCGGGCAGUGCCGGCCUCGGCGGUCAGUACGCCAACGUAAAGAGUUCCGGCUACGGCCCUAGGUGA